AGCCAGUCAUCAUGAUGAACAUAAGGUUCAUCUCGCUUUGCUGCUGUUUGAUAGCAUCAACAGUAGUGAACGGAGAAAGAGAAUUUCCAGCGGAUUUCAGGUUCGGUGUGGGAACUUCAUCCUAUCAAAUCGAAGGAGGAUGGAAUGCAGAUGGUAAGGGUGAGUCUAUUUGGGAUCACCUGACUCACAACUAUCCGGAAAAGAUUGCCGAUAGGACUAAUGGAGAUAUCGCCUGUGACAGUUACAAUAAUUGGCGCAGGGAUGUCGAGAUGAACCACGAACUCGGUGUCAGCAUGUAUCGAUUCUCGAUCGCAUGGAGUCGUAUCAUGCCAACUGGGAUAAGCAACGAAAUCAACCAAGCCGGUAUCGAUUACUACAAUAACCUCAUCGAUGAACUACUCAAGUACAACAUCGAACCGAUGGUUACCUUAUACCAUUGGGAUCUACCACAGCGUUUGCAGGAGAUUGGAGGCUGGACGAAUGCUGCUAUAGUGAACCACUUUAAGGAGUACGCCAGAGUUGCAUUCGAAAGCUUUGGAGAUCGCGUCACAUGGUGGACCACAUUCAACGAACCCAUUCAGACAUGCUUGCUUUCCUACGAGUAUGAUGCUAUGGCUCCAGGAUACGAUUUCCCAGGUGUUCCAAGCUACAUGUGCGCUCACAACGUACUACUGUCACACUCGGAGGCCGUAGAACUGUACCGUAAUCGAUUUCAACACAAGCAAAAAGGAAUCAUCGGCAUCACAAUCGACACCGCAUGGGGUCAACCUAAAACCGACACCCCCGAUGACCUCGAAGCAUCCGACCUCCUGUUGCAGUUCAAUCUCGGAUGGUAUGCACAUCCAAUCUUCUCCAAGACGGGCAACUACCCACAGGUGAUGAUUGAUCGAAUUGACGCUCUCAGCAAACAGCAAGGGUUUUCCACUUCUCGGCUACCGAAAUUCACCCGAGAGCAAAUUAGGAAACUGAGGGGAUCAUCCGAUUUCUUCGGUAUCAAUGCCUACACUACGCUGAUUGUUCACAAAAAUGACGAACAGAACUCGGCCAACUACCGCGUUCCAUCAUUCGACCAUGACCGCAAUACUGUCGCAUACCAGGAUCCAUCCUGGCCGUCUUCCGGAUCAAGCUGGUUGAAGGUUUAUCCCAAGGGGUUGUAUCAUCUGCUUCGCUGGAUCAGCGAACAGUACGAUAAUCCACCAACCUAUGUGACGGAGAACGGAGUUAGUGAUCUCGGUGGUACCAAAGACGUGGCUCGAGUUCAGUUUUACAAUGACUAUCUGAACGCUGUGCUGGACGCCAUGGAAGAUGGCUCGGAUGUGAAGGGUUACGUGGCAUGGAGCUUGAUGGAUAACUUUGAGUGGCGAGCUGGACUGACGGAGCGAUUCGGUUUGUACUACGUGGACUAUGAAGACCCGGCGAGAACCAGAACCGCCAAGAGCUCGGCACUGGCUUAUGCGAAUAUCAUCAAAACGAGAAAAAUCGAUCCCGAUUUCAUUCCGGAACCGGAGGUUUACAUCCCUGGCCCAGAUGAUGACGGUCUGAAACUGGUCAGAAGAUGCAAAACCACCGGCGUGGCUCCAUACAUUAAGUUGUUGUGUAAUUGAAGACACUCAGU